GCUAUUGCGUCCGCCUGGAGCUGAUUCGGGAGCCCCGCGCUCGGCCCCAGCGCCCCACCAGCCGUCAUGUCGAGCUUCCAGGGCUACGCCGGCACCCCCGGGAGCGAGCAGGCCCCGAAUAAGUCGCCCUCGCACGUUCCGGACGACUUCAGCACGCCGAACGCGACGGUCUCCACUCCGAUCCACCAGCCGCCGCUGUCCCCCUACCGCGACCCCUCGGGGAACGCGAGCGAGGCCCCGACGCCCGUGCGGACGCCCGGCGCGGGCGCGGGCGCCCCGGCGGACGAGGAGGAGGAGUCGCUGCGGCUCGCGCUCCAGAUGCAGGAGGAGGAGGAGCGGUACAUGGCGUCGCAGCGCGAGGGCGCGCAGCGCCUCGCCCGCCUGGAGGCGCAGCGCGCCGCGGAGCGGACGACGCCCGCGGACCCGAACCUGGGCACGCCCGGCGGCGAGUCCGCGGGCGACGAGGACGUCGAGGACGACGACGACGACGACGACGACGAGGACGACGCGCGGUCCGAGGACGAGGACGACGAGGAGAUCGACGAGUCGCUGGCCCUGGCAUGGCGGCUCCAGCAGGAGGACGACGACCGCGCCCUGCUCAUGGCGCUCAACGGCGGCCGGGAGCCGCCCGCGGGCGUCACCGCGCGGAACGUGUCGCCGUCGCAGAUGACGUACGACCAGCUCAUGGAGCUCGGCGACAACAUCGGCAAGGUCUCCAAGGGCGCGGCGUCGAGCGCCGUCGACGCGCUGCCGACGUGCAAGUACUGCGACGCGGCGGACCACGGCGCGAUCGUCGGCGACCAGUGCGCGAUCUGCCGCAUGGAGUUCGAGCCCGACGACGUCAUGCGCGUGCUCCCCUGCGGCCACGCGGAGCACGCCGAGUGCCUCGACCAGUGGCUUUUGAUCAACCGCUCCUGCCCCCUCUGCCAGAAGGACGUCGCGCCCCGCGCGGGCGCCGAGACCGCCGAGGAGUCGCACGCGAUCACCGCGGCCGACACCGACGACAUCGACGCCCUCCUCGACCUCUGAGGCCCGCCGGCGCGGCGGAAGCGCCGCCGGGGCGACCCGGACGGCCGCUGAGCCGCGAGGCGAACAAAAACACCAAGUCCACCAAGAACGGAGCGCCGCGCGCCCUCGCCCCGAGGCGCGCGCGCGCGCCCGCGGCGCGCUCCCGCCCGGGAGAAGUCGCCACCUAACAGCGCCGUAUUUAGCUCG